CCAUGAAUACCAUAUAUGAAUCUCUUGGAACAUUUGAUAAAUUGAUUAAUAGACAGUAAGGUAAAAAUAGAACUUGACUAACGAAGGAGGAGUUUCACACAUCUCAGAUGACCAAUCAAACAAUAUGUUUAGUUACCUGACAGGUGCUGUCCAUGGUUUUGAAUGCUGCCAAACAUGUAUGUAUAGAGCUUGACCAGGACCAGUACAAUUUCUGAACAUGGAAGCACCUGGCCAAGUAAAUGAACAAGGGCAACUGCCUGCUCGAAGAAGAGGAAGACGAGGAGGAGGAGUAAGGGUGCGUGGUGGUAGAAUAGGGGGAAGGGGCCGAGGAGCACGAAGACUCCAUGUUGUCCCGGAUGAAAUUCGGGCCACACUUAUAGACCAUGUUAUCAACCAUCGCCUCACAAUGGCAGAGGCAGGUCGCCGAGUGCAGCCUAAUGUGCCCCGCUCUACAGUCUCCUCCCUCAUCCAAACCUUUUGCAGGGAAAACAGGUAUGUAUUCAGUCAAUGAUGGAAUUAUAUGUUGAAUAGGACAGGACACUGUGCAUAAAGCAAGAGAUGUAUUUAUUUACUCAUUUACCUAUUCAUUUAGUGUGUAUGUGUGUGUGUGUGUGUGUGUGUUAUAGGCCUACAGUAAUAUCUUACCUCAAUGGGAUGUUAUGACACUAAAAAUGACAAGAAAAAAAUAUAUAUAUCAAAUUAUUGAUGAUACAGUUUACAGUAGUAUUACAGUCACUGUGCAGUGAUGCAUUAGAAUUGUGGUAAAGUUACUGUAAGUAAAACAACAAUACAAUUACAUUGGUAACUCAUUCUGUAAGAAAUACAUAAGGCAUACAUUACGAAUGGUAAUACAGUGUUGUCCUUUGAAUUGUAUGUCUAGGAUCGGACGACAACCUCGCACGGGUGGCAGAGGAAAAUAUCUCAAUGACCAACAAGAACAAGACAUCUGUAACAUGGUGAUGGCAAAUAAUGCCAUCACACUGAAACAGAUCCGCACUGAAAUCAUAGAAGACAAUGCCAUAUUCCAAAAUGUCAACUCUAUAAGCAUCUCCACAAUAGACCGGAUAUUGAACAAGCAUCAGAUGACCAUGAAGCAACUUCACAGGGUACCAUUUGAGAGGAACUAUGAUAGAGUGAAAGAGCUGCGGUACCAGUAUGUACAUAGAAUAAUGGCAUUGGAAGGAAACGAGACCCCUCACAUCCUCCUGUUUGUGUAUGAAGCUGGGUUCAUCCUGGCCAAGGGCCGAAGACAUGGCCGUAAUAUUAUUGGCCACCGGGCCACGGUUGAUGUCCCAGGCCAGCGUGGGGGCAAUAUAACUAUGUGUGCUGCCAUUUCUGAGAAUGGUGUGGCCACUCACAUCCCCAGUCUUGGCCCAAACAAUACACAGAAGCUCCUCAUCUUCUUGGACCGCCUUCAUUCCGAUUUGAUCCCUGAAAAUGAGAGAGGUCUCGUAGGGCCUCACCUACCAAAGUAUGUAAUUGUGUGGGACAAUGUGAAUUUCCACCGUGGCCCGCUCAUCAGGGCCUGGUUCACUACUCAUCCAAGGAUGGUCAUGGUGUUCCUACCACCUUACUCUCCUUUCCUCAAUCCUAUUGAGGAGUUUUUGAGCAUCAGGCUCAAUAUCAGAGGUCCCUGCCCCAUGCAAUGGACGCAGUGCAGGGGAUGGUUGCGACAUGCACGCCGUUUCUUCCCUUGUUGCAUCGCAAGGGAGAAUAUACGUUGUGAUGUGGACGAGAAUCUGAGGACGGGAGGGCGAGGAGGACGGCCGGGAGGGCGAGGAGGACGAGGAGGACGGACGGGAGGGCGAGGAGGAUGGCCGGGAGGGCGAGGAUGGUGGCCGGGAGGGCAGGAUGGUGGCCGGGAGGGCGAGGAUGGUGGCUGGGAGGAGCCUCCGUCAGACCCAGUCAGACCACUGAGGUCGGCUGAUCAGCUGCUGCUGGACCAGAUUCAACGGUUCAUCUUCCCUCAAGACCAGAGGCUUUGA